GCUACCACCUCCAGCUCUACCCUACAAUCGGCCAUUUGGUUUUUUGUCUUUCCCCCAUACAGUUAAUAAACCUACAAAAAUGGCGGACGCUGCUCCAGCCCGUGGUGGAUUCCGAGGUGGUUUUGGCUCUCGUGGUGGCCGUGGAGGACGCGGUCGUGGUCGCGGACGUGGCGCCCGUGGACGUGGUGGCAAGGAGGAUUCCAAGGAAUGGGUCCCAGUUACUAAAUUGGGCCGUUUGGUCCGUGAUGCCAAGAUCAAGUCUUUGGAGGAGAUCUAUCUUUACUCGUUGCCCAUCAAAGAGUUUGAGAUCAUCGAUUUCUUCUUGGGCUCAUCUCUGCGCGAUGAAGUUUUGAAGAUUAUGCCUGUGCAGAAGCAGACUCGUGCUGGUCAGCGUACCCGUUUCAAGGCUUUUGUGGCCAUUGGUGACAACAACGGACACAUUGGCUUGGGUGUUAAGUGCAGCAAGGAAGUUGCUACCGCCAUCCGUGGUGCCAUUAUCUUGGCCAAAUUGUCUGUUGUGCCUGUGCGUCGUGGUUACUGGGGUAACAAGAUCGGUAAACCCCAUACCGUGCCCUGCAAGGUCACUGGCAAGUGUGGUUCCGUCUCCGUGCGCCUGAUUCCAGCUCCCCGCGGUACUGGCAUUGUCUCGGCUCCCGUUCCCAAGAAGCUGUUGACCAUGGCUGGUAUUGAGGAUUGUUAUACAUCGGCUCGUGGCUCCACCGGCACUUUGGGUAACUUUGCCAAGGCCACUUAUGCGGCCAUUGCCAAGACCUAUGCCUAUCUGACUCCAGAUUUGUGGAAGGAAAUGCCAUUGGGCUCUACCCCAUACCAGGCAUACUCUGACUUCUUGUCCAAGCCCACAGCUCGUCUGCACGCCGAUGCCUAAGCGACAAUUAGAGAGUUCUUUCUUGAAUUGAAUAAAAGAAACUGCUUUUAAUCAACA